AUGUACGCUUUAAAUGAAAUUGCUGCUGAGUAUGAGUGUGUAGCUUAUGCAGGCAAAAACCCUUCACGUUAUGGAUGUGUCAUAGGGACUACCCACGGUCUUCCAUGUGAUUCUAUUGAAAACAUUACUGAUGUCAAAGUGGAUGGUAAAUGUGGUUAUCGUGCAAUAGUUGCCUUAUUGGGUAUGGAUGAAGAUUCAUGGUCAUUGGUGCGCAACCAUCUGCAUAAAGAACUCACAAGAUGGUCGGAAGAGUAUAUAAACCUGCUUGGUGACAUAGAGAGAUUUGAGGAAUUAAAGCAUUCUCUACUUGUUGAUGGAUUAUCUAUGGUUACCAUAGACAAGUGGAUGAAUAUUACAGAUAUGGGAUAUGCCAUUGCUUCACGAUACAACGUGAUUGUUGUUUCUCUUUCACGACUACAAAGCAUGACAUUUUUUCUUCUUAGAAGUCAACCACCACCAAAUUCUUUUGUGCAUCGCGUAAUAUGCAUUGGUCAUGUGUAUGAGAAUCAUUUUGUUUAG